AUUCCUGCUGCCAGAUUCCAGCCAACACACACACACAUACACACACACACACACUGCUCUUCGUCCUUUAACUCACACACUUUCUUUAGGCUUUAGGUGUUUGCAGCUUGACGCAUGGCAGGGGAGCACGAUGAAACCAACAAACUCAGCUUCUGGAUGCCGGGAAACUAUGCCCGUACAGUUAACAGAACUCAGGACUCAUUCGAGGUGUGUGAUGUCAUUGUGGACUGUUUUAAAGACCGAGCUCAAUUGGAGAAACAUUACGCUCAGCAGCUCACUGAAUGGAGCAACAAGUGGAAAAAAAUAACUGACUCAAGACCGAUGUAUGGUUCUCUCCUGAGGGCAUGGCAAUGUUUUUUCUCCUCUGCCGAGCGUCUCUCUAUUCUGCACACAUCUAUCUCUCACGCCCUUGUUUCAGAGGAUGGACAGCACAUUCGUUCCUGGAAGAAGGAUGCAUUUCAGAGGAAAAUGUUUUGUGGGUUUCGAGAGUCACAUAAGCUGAAGCGAGAGUUUGCACGUGCACAGAAACCCUGGAUCAAAAAACUCAAGAAGUUGGAGAAAGCGAGACAGGCCUAUCAUAAAUUGUGUCAGAAGGAGCAGAGUGUGUUGAAUAAAGAAAUUAAAGCCAAAAACAACAUCAACCAAAAAGAACACACACUCAACAAAAUCCAACUGGCCAAGAUGACUGCAGGAGCGCACCGAGACCAGGCACGUGAACACUAUGUGAAGGUUCUGGAUGAUGUAAUUGGUUAUACUCCACGCUACAUGGAGGAAAUGGAGUCAGUGUUUGACCAAUCACAGGAGCAGGAGAGGAAGAGGAUCAGCUUCCUGAAGAACACACUGUUGUCCAUACACACACACUUGGACAUCACUAACAAUCACAGUGUGAAGGCCGUGUACAGUGAUCUGUUACACACUCUCAUGUCCAUCAAUGAGCAGGACGAUUUACAGUGGUGGAAAAACAACUACGGUCCAGGAAUGAACACACACUGGCCCACACUGCAGGAGUGGGUUCCACCAUGUAAGAAACAGAAACAUGUCAAAAAACCAAGACCACAGACUGAGGAGAGAAAAGGGGUGAUGAUUGGUGGAGUGCGUGUCCGAGCUCUGUACACUUACACAGGGGAAGGUGAAGAUGAGCUGUCAUUCAAAGCAGGUGAAGAGUUUCUGAAGGUGGAGGAUGAAGAUGACCAGGGGUGGUGUCGUGGAAUAAAAGAAGGAGUGGAAGGCUACUAUCCAGCCAAUUAUGUUCUGCCAGUGUAGUGACAUCAUCACUAUGUACUGUUACUGACAUCAGAAAGGGGGCGGGGCUUAUGUUGUGUGAAGGUUGCCACAGAAGCUGUCAAACACACACACACACACACACACACACACACACACACACACACACACACACACACAGAGUUUUUAAAUUCUUGCUGCCCCCUUUUGGACAAAAUGAAAAGUUAAAUAUAUGUUUAAAUGAAAUGGUGGUGAGAUGUUCCAAACAUUUCUCCUGGUUUUACUCUGAUGCUUCUGUUUCUCCUCUUAAAUAAAUACAAGUCACAAAAAUAUGAAUUUAUCAUAGAUAUACAGAACAGAUGUAGAGCAGUAGAGAUUAUAUUUCCGUGGUCAAGAUGCAGUAAAGAUGUUCCCAUCAACACUAACAUCAAUGAUACCAAUGAGUUCCUUUAUUUCUAUUAAAACUCAGUUCCUCUGA